CUCCCAGUCCCAGACCCCCACUUCAUCCUCUUGGUCCUGUCAUGGGGUUCACCUCCAUCCAUGGUUGGUUUUGCAUGUGAGUGAGUAGUAGAGGAGACUAUCUUAGGCGUUUGUUGUGCUCCUUUCGUGCCCAUCGUUUCUUCGGAAACUUUGAUCUGAAGAAUUGGCAGAUGAGAUAGAAUCGCAGGAGUAGCGUUUGACAACAUUCGUGUUUUUCCCCCGAAACUGGAUUGAAGGAAAUAAUAAGUACUGUUUAUCAGAGGGAGCUGCUGAGUCAUGGAUAGACCUUAAGCAUACUGUGCAAGUCAUGAAGAUCGGUAAGGAGACUAUUGAUUCUUGGUUUUUGUUCCUUCAAGACUACCAGCAACCUCUUAGCUAAGCAGACAGCCUUUCUCCUAUCACAGAAGCGUUGUGCAUUCAAGGCUGCUUCUGUCAGAAGCCCAAAAGCCAGAAGCCCAAACAAACGGGUUUGCUGAAAAGUGACUUCUGGAGAAACCAGAAAUCUGCUUCUGAGGAAAUGAACUAGAAGCUGAGAAGCUAACUGAGAGUAGCUUAUCUGAGAAGUAGUAUGCUGAGAAGCUAAAAAAUUAUUGUAAAAUCCAACAGCCAAAAUUCAAAAACAACUUUUCAGAAAAGCCAAAAGCACAGUUUUUUAGAGAGGUCAGAAGCAGAAGGCCAAACAAACAGGCCCUUAAUGAUGAAAGACCUUACCAAAGUCAUGUUUUUCAUGAGCUUGCAUUCAAUGGCAGUCCCAAAUUAGACUGUGAAAGUGAAAGGGAAACUAAGCACGUUUUUUUGGCAGCUAAAAUGGUUGAACAAACCAAUCAAUCUGAACAUAGUUUUGUGAAGGGUGAACAUCAGAAUGGAGGUAAAACUGGACAGACAUGCAUUGAGGAUUACUCAUAUGAUAAGGAUGUUGUAGAGAUCAAACUGCCAGACACAGUUCUUUCUUCUGAUUAUGGUAGCCAUUUUGUCAAGGAUGUAUGCAUUGAUGAAGGAGUUCUUCCUGAUCAAAAGACUUCAACAGAAAAUCUAGUAGAUCAAAAGGUGUCCCUAAACUUUGAUUCUUCUAUGGGAGAUACGGACAGUGACCCAAGGGAAGAGAUACAAGCUGACUCUGCAAAAUCUCCACUUGAAUUAAAAUCACAUGUAGUUAUCCUACCUGUUAUGUGUGCAACUGAUGGUAAUACUGUGGAGCAAUAUUCCUCAUUCAAAGAGCAUGAUCUUGAAGGCAACAAUACUGCAGAUGUAUUUACCAAUUCAGAUGAUGAGAAAUUCGGUUCCAAACAAUUACUAUCUCAUGAAGGCGCACAAGGUUGCCAGCAGGUUGGCACGGUCAUUACUGAGAACAGUGAAAAUCUGGAGCCAUUUCUCAAUGGAGAAGCAACUCAUCAGGUUUCAUCGAACGACCGUCAUGAAAAUGGAUUUAGUAUUGCAUCUGAAACCAUUAGCAUCAUUCAUAGUGAUUUACCAGCUGAAUCAACUGUUGAUGGCUUCUCAGUGGUGAUGCUCGAAGAAGUUGUAGUCAGUGCAGCAUUAGAUACAGGAGGAUCCAACCAAGUUAAUCACUAUAACCCUUUUAUUGCCUAUGGAUCAUUAGACGAAACAUGGGAACCUAAAUACUCUCUCCCUGCAAUCGUGGAUGCUGCUUCUAUAGCACCUGUCUGUCCUGUUGAAAAGACAGAUAGUUUUAGUGACCUCGUCAACCGUACACUGGGAGCAUUUGAUUCUGCUGAAACAGUUGAAGCCAUAAUUGAAAAGAAUAGAUCAGAUUCUGUAGAAGCAAGUGCAAUUACGUUGGAUGUCCAAGCAUCCGAAGAGAGUAAUGGUCGGAGAGAAAGUCUCACCGAUGAGAUGAGAAAUGAUGUGACACAUGGAGCGGGUACAGCCACAUCUAGCAAUGCAGAACCUGGUGAUGUCAAAAGUGAGAACCAUCCAAAAUAUGAGAUUGAUAGUGCCCAAGAUGUACAUGAUUUUAACCCAAGAGAUGUGGAGGUUGGCACAAAAGGAAGCGAGGACUCCGCGGUUCAACAAAAUGGAAAUGAUAGUGCAAAAGUGACCGCACAAACUGGUCUUCGCAAUCCUUUUGAAUCAAGCUUCUCUGGACCUAGCAUCACGUCAGGUCCACUAACGCCCUCUGGUCACAUACCUUAUUCUGGAAAUAUUUCUCUUCGAUCAGAAAGUAGCACAACAAGUACUCGGUCCUUUGCAUUUCCAGUCUUUCCAAUUCACAGACUACAGACCGAGUGGAACAGCAGCCCUGUGAAAAUGGUGAAGGCCGACCAACGGCACUUGAGGCGAGACCGAGGCUGGAGUUACAGAAUCCUUUGCUGUAAAUUCUGAAUGUGCUUGCCCCAGCGUUUUUCCUUUCUGAGUUGAGCCCUUCGUGUCACGCUUGAGCCCGUGGUGGUCCAUGUUAAAUUCAUUCAAAUAUUGCUCCUUUCUCCCUAGUCCCUCCUCUUGCUGUCUCUCCUCCAUGUCCUCCUUUUUUAUUUUUCUAUAGCAGGUUGAUGGCUUGUCGGAUUCGGUAGUGGCUUGUAAUCUACAGUAUGAGUGAGGAAUGAAGGUAUAGCUUUUAUAUACCAUUUGCUGUUGCUUGUAGAAGUAUUGUAGAUGAACAUCCCUGGAGUCUAAAGUGCUGCUUUAUUUGA